UCUCGAUAGCUUGACAUUGUAAUUUAAAAAUCCUUAUAUCAACCCUAAUUCCCGCUUAGCAGCAGCGGAAACAUUAUUUUUGAAAAAUAUCAUUAUUUUUGUUUCCAUCAACGCUUCCCUUAUAUAAACCCUUUUGAUUUUAAAGAACAAAAACCCAAAUCAGAGCAGUCAGCGCACUUAACAAUGGUAACCUAUAAACAAAAAAAACCCCAAGAUGAACAACAACAAGAAGAAGUUUAUGGUACUGAAAGUGGAGGGUCCGACCCUGAUUAUGAUUCUGAUACUGAUCCAAGCUACAGCAUUAUUGAAGAGACUCGAAGCAAUCUCUCAAGAUUGUCUAUCAAGAAGAAAUCAAAGUCACGCGUUGCAAAGGAUCUGGACCUGAGCUUUGAUAAAGACCCGGGAGAAAAAGAGACGAAAUUGGCAGAAGUAGAUGAGAAAAGUUAUGAGGAAGUUCAAAAGAUCAUACAAGCUGGGAAGUUAGAGGGGCUCAAAGUGGAACAAUGUAAGGUCUAUUUGAGGAAGAACAAAUUGAGACUGACCGGCAAAAAGGACACACUCAUCCAGCGCAUAAAGGAGCAUCAAGAGAUUUUGAGUGGCGGAGGGGAGAAAAAGUACCCCAUAUCUAGCUUUGUUUUGGACUGUAAAGGGGAUGCAUGCAGAGGUGACAUUGUCAUGUUUGACCAGAAUGUUUACGAUAAGUAUAAUAUAGCAUCACGAAGUGCCAUGGGUCCUCCUAUCGGAACAAGGAUGGUUGCAGGUAAAAUUGUGCAGGAAAGCUAUGGUGCUGCCAAGCAACAGCAUACAUUUACAAUAGAAGUCCUUUGGAGCAAAGGGGAGAAUCCACUCCCUCCACUUCAUCCCCUCCUAAUAAAGGGUCGGAACCUGUAUCGAAUGAAGACCUUAAGACAGAGAUGGGAAGAUGAAGGAGAAAGGCGUAAGAUUCUUCUCGAAAAGCACUUAAGAGGUUCUCUCGCCAGGUCUAACAGAGAAACCAGGAUCCAGGAGAAGGAAGGGAGGAAAAUGCUCAGGGUGGAAAGGGCCUUGAAAAAGGAAGAGACAAACAAGAGUAGCUCUCAGUUAAAUCCCCGCACAAGUUUAAACAAUGGGUUGUCAAGGAUGGAUCAGAGACAACCCUUGAAAUGUGCUGACCGCAAUCGUCCAAUGGGAUCACCACACAGACAAGGCUGCGAACAACCUAAACUUCAUGCAAACCGAGGGGAAAAUGAUUACCGUGGCCAAGUUCCGGGAAACUCAGUCGAGUACAGUGACAUCCAGGAUGAUUUUUGUUCAAGGUCUCCCAACUUCUGUAGAAAGCCACUGGCAAGCAUUCAUAACUCUAGUCCAAUUAGAUCACCACAUAGACAAGGCGGCGACCAACAGAUACAGCUAUGCAGAUACUUUGCUCAAGGAAGAUGUCAUUACGGUCACAAUUGCAAAUUUGUGCAUGAAUCAAGGGAGGGACAGCUAUGCAGAUACUUUGCUCAAGGAAGAUGUCAUUACGGUCACAGUUGCAAAUUUGUGCAUGAAUCAAGGGAGGGACGCGAGCAGAGGAGAGAGGAGAGAGGUGGUGGGCCUUGUAGCCCAAGGAGAGAGGAGUGGCCUCCCAACCCAAGAAGGCUGGAACGAAGACCAUACUUGUUCUGAAACUUUCCACUACUCUGUAAGGGUUCAAUAUUUUGAUAUUUUCCACUUCUGUGGCUCAAUAGAUCGAGCUUUGUCAAGAUGUUUUCUCUCAUAAGGACAGGUUUCUGUGGAACUUUGUUUAUUUUGAAUAGUGGGUUCGGUUGAUAUAUAUAGCUCUCGAGAAUUCAUCAAUGAUAUGCUCAAAUUUUCUUCA